AGGCCGGCGAACGCCAUCAAGGAGAUGAUGGAGAACUGUUUGGAUGCUAAAGCGACGAGCGUGCAGGUGGUAGUUAAAGAAGGGGGUCUGAAGCUCAUCCAGGUCCAAGAUAACGGCUGCGGUAUCAGAAAGGAAGAUCUGGACAUUGUGUGUGAGAGGUUCACAACCAGUAAACUGCAGAAGUUUGAAGACUUGGCCAGUAUCUCUACGUACGGCUUCAGGGGCGAGGCCUUGGCCAGCAUCAGCCACGUUGCCCAUGUGACAGUGACAACUAAAACAGCAGAUGCAAAGUGUGCCUACAGAGCUACUUACAGUGAUGGCAAAAUUAAAGCCCCUCCGAAACCCUGUGCUGGAAACCAAGGCACUCAGAUCACGGUUGAGGAUCUCUUUUACAACGUCAAUACAAGGAGGAAAGCUUUGAAAAAUCCUAAUGAAGAGUAUGCAAAAAUAUUAGAAGUUGUUGGCAGGUAUGCCAUCCAUAACUCAGGCAUCAGCUUUUCCCUUAAAAAGCAAGGUGAUACUGUGUCAGAUGUGAGAACCUUGUCCAACGCCUCGACAGUGGACAACAUCAGGUCCAUCUUUGGAAAUGCUGUUAGCAGGGAGCUGAUAGAAGUGGGCUGUGAAGAUGCAAGCCUGGCUUUUAAAAUGAAAGGCUACAUCACAAAUGCAAACUACUCUGUGAAGAAAUGCAUCUUUUUACUCUUCAUAAACCAUCGACUGGUGGAGUCAGCAGCUCUGAGGAAAGCCAUAGAAACUGUGUAUGCUGCUUACCUGCCCAAAGGCACACACCCCUUCCUCUACCUAAGCCUGGAAAUAGCCCCCCAGAACGUGGAUGUGAACGUGCACCCCACAAAGCACGAGGUCCACUUCCUUCAUGAAGACAGUAUUCUAGAGCGUGUGCAGCAGCACGUGGAGAGCAAGUUACUGGGCUCCAAUUCUUCAAGGAUGUACUUCACUCAGACGUUGCUUCCAGGGGCCGACUGUUCCUCCAGUGAGGUUGUAAAACCAGCAGCAAGCUCCUCUGGAGCUGCCAGAGGCACCGGGGAUAAAGUCUACGCCCACCAGCUGGUCCGCACCGACUCCCGCGAGCAGAAGCUGGACGCUUUCCUCCAGCCAGCCAGCCACCCCCUGAGCACGGGCCCCUCUGAGGAGACUCCGGGGGCUCCCCCAGGGGCUCCCCCAGGGGCUGUGGAGGGGGAGGGCAGGCAGCAGGAUGCUGACAUGGAAGACGUCGGGGAUUUAGGGGGAGCUGCUGCCCCGGAGGGCCGGGCGGGGCUGAGCGAGAGCGGCCGCUCGCCUCCCGAGCCAGAUCCUCCUCGGAAGAGACCACGGGAAGACACGGACCUAGAAAUGGAGCAAGAUGACAGCAGGCAGGAUCUGACUGCUGCCUGCACCCCCAGGAGAAGAAUUAUCAACCUGACCAGCGUGCUGACUCUCCAGGAGGAAAUCAGCAGCCAGGCACAUGGGAGUCUCCAGGAGAUGCUACACGAUCACUCCUUUGUUGGCUGUGUCAACCCUCAGUGGGCUCUUGUCCAGUAUCAGACAAAACUCUAUCUUCUCAACACAACAAAACUCAGCCAAGAACUCUUCUACCAGAUACUUAUUUAUGACUUUGCAAACUUCGGAGUCUUAAGGUUGUCUGAGCCAGCUCCUUUGUAUGAUCUUUCAAUGCUUGCUUUAGAGGAUCCUGAAAGUGGCUGGACAGAGGAAGAUGGCCCAAAAGAAGGGCUUGCUGAGUACAUCGUGGAGUUUCUGAAAAAGAAGACUGAGAUGCUGAAAGAUUAUUUUUCUCUUGAGAUUGAUGAGGGGAAGAAGAUGGCCCAAAAGAAGGAGGGAAACCUGACUGGGCUGCCGCUGCUGAUCGAGAGCUACGUGCCGGCGCUGGAGGGACUGCCCAUGUUCGUCCUUCGUCUGGCCACGGAGGUAAACUGGGAUGAAGAAAAGGAGUGUUUUGAAAGCCUGAGUAAAGAGUUAGCUAUGUUCUACUCCAUCAGAAAGCAAUAUCUGCUAGAUGAAGCCAACCUGACAAGCUCUCAGAAUGAAGAGUCUGGCUCUGGCCCAGCAGCAUGGAAGUGGACUGUGGAACAUGUGCUUUACAAAGCUUUUAGGACUCACCUCUUGCCUCCUAAACACUUUGCAGAAGAUGGCAACAUUUUGCAGCUUGCUAACUUGCCAGACCUGUAUAAAGUUUUUGAGAGAUGUUGAGCAAGACUGGUGCACAUCUGAAAAACAUUCACCUCACAUUCUGGUUUGUGGGGUAGAGGAUACAGCUGCAACCUUGAUGGA